AUGUUUAAAAACACCUUCUAGUCUGGUUUCCUUUCUAUCUUAUAUUCAAUAGGAUCAAAGCCAUUAUAAAUUUGGGAUAAGAGCAUUAGAAAUGGUCACAUCAAGAGAAUCACUGAUUAAGAUAUUCUCUCAAGUGUUUUAGAAAUUAUGGGUACCAAUGUAUCUACUAAUUACAUAACAGCUCCUGCUGAUCCUAAGGAAACAUUAGGUAUCAAGCUCCCCUUCUUAGUUAUGAUUAUUAAAAAUCUGAAGAAAUAUUACACAUUUGAAGUACAAGUCUUGGACGAUAAGAAUGUAAGAAGAAGAUUCAGAGCAUCAAAUUAUUAAUCUACUACAAGAGUUAAACCAUUUAUUUGCACAAUGCCUAUGAGAUUAGAUGAAGGAUGGAACUAAAUUUAAUUCAACUUAUCUGAUUUCACAAGAAGAGCUUAUGCAACAAAUUAUAUUGAAACAUUAAGAGUACAAAUUCAUGCAAACUGUAGAAUUAGAAGAAUUUAUUUCUCAGAUAGAUUGUACUCCGAAGAAGAAUUACCUCCCGAGUUCAAGCUUUUCCUUCCUAUCCAAGGUCAAAAUAAGACAAACGUAUGA